CACAUAGAGCAUCUCUACCAAAAUCCAAGCCCCUCUACACCACCUCCAGAUUGACCUCGCUGCCAUUCACGGGAGUCUUGACCGACUUCGCAUGCUCCGCACCCCUCGCAUAGCACAUAGCGCAUCUAUUUGAGCUCGGAAUCUACCAAAAAACUGCAGCCGAACAAUCGAACCGCCAUUCAUCCAUCACCUGCAAACCGGUUGAAUGCUAGCCCCACGAGGUGGUGCUUGUACUCGCCAGCCUUGAUCAUAGCAGCGCACGUCGGAACCAUUUCAUUGCAACGCUGCAUCGUCUGAGACUGCCAUCUCAACUCCUUUUUCGUGAUGAGGAAAUCAUCAGCCAGUAUGUCCGAUUCGACACCAUCCAAAAAGCGGAAAACGAGGGGCGCCUUUGUAGUCCGAUCCAAAACUGGUAUGUUCUCAAUCACUAUUUCGCAUAUGUUCCCACAAUGUGUCUCUAACAAUCGCAUCAUUAGUAUCAUGGCCUGAGAAAGCACUUCCUGUGGAGAUUUUCAACUUGAUUAUCAAUUAUCUUCCACGAUCGGCUGUCCAAAACAUGCGCCUUGUCAACCACGAAUUUGAAGAAAAGGUGUCGGAAUAUUUAUUCAGGGUUGUAGUUGUGCCAUUCAAGCCUGAGAUAUAUGGGAUAUCUGGAGCAUCCGACCCCAGAGUCACCGAGCGCAUGGGAUCCGUAAUGCUACAGGAUAAAGGGAUGAGAGUCUUUGAAGGGUUCGUUCAACCUCCCCAUAUCAUCAAAUUUUAGUUUUAUGCCUUGGACUAACAUGUGGAUGAAUAGUUUUGGGAAGCGUAUUCGCAAAUUUGCCAUGAGUUUCGAGUUUGAUGAAGAGAAACUGGCCAAUCCGCCUCUCAAAAGCGACCAAGAAGCCAUUACAUCAUUUUGGGGAAUUUACCGCUGGCCAUACAAGAAAUACAAUAGAUACACUCAGCUUGAGGGAUUGGAGCAGACAGCCGAUGAAACCAGAUCAAUGGCUAAAGCUCUAAGAUGCAUUUCAGAAGCCAGAGUGUUCGGAUUGUCGAUCGACGGUGGUCUGGGAUGGCUUGCUGGGCCCGAUACAAAUUAUAAAGUACUUGAGAGAGGAGAGAAGCCGGUUGUGUUUGGGGAGUCGAAUUUCGUGCCAGAGCCUCGAAAGAAUACCCCAAAAAGAGCUAAAGGCGCGAGGGCAUCGGAUUCAGCCUUGCUUGUCCCACGAAAUAGCAGUCUAUAUGCAGCUUUUGAGCGAAUGCUGCAGGAAGCGGGGUAUGGUGGGGAUAAUUUGGAGGCGUCAGUUCGUAUGAUGCUUGAGUCUGAAGAUACAUCAUCAACUGCCACUCCGGAUCCCCAUGACUCUCCCGACCAAGUUUUCGCGCCCCUCGCACAUACAGGUCUUGGUCUUCGACGACGACGUGGACUCAGAAUCGCCGACCCUUGGGCAAUGCAGGAUAAUCAAUCACCUAAUCCUUUGGUGGCUACCAAUUCUGAUGGCGACGACGAUAGAAGCGAAGAGGAAGCAGAGAUGGACAUAAACCCAUUCUUUGCUUACGCUAAUGGCACUAGAACAAAAGUCGACAACUACCCCUUGAAGCCAAACGAGCUCACCAGCGCACAAAGAGAGAUGCUGCUCGAGACUGAAUGGGCCCAAUGUGCAUUCAUGCAGUCAUAUGCCAUUGCCGUCAUCGACAACCCUUUGACAUUCAGCAAAGUUACCGAACUCAAUAUUGCACGCAUUCCAAGUCGACAUCUAACCAUUCUUCGACGUGAGGAUUUCUGGGACAGUUUGCCGUCUCUUAAUACCCUCUCCCUGGCAGUGAUUCCAGAUUGGCGAGAAGUGGUCAAACUCCCAACAAGCUUUGUUCAGGAUAAUUUGCUUCAGCCUUCUAAAUCUGUUUCUGGCGCAUAUCAAAUCCUACAAGAUCAAAUCUCUCAUCGACCAAAUAUCACCUCACUUCAUUUCGAGUGGCUCUGCGGUGGUGAAUACGCGCCCGGUAUGUUUUCGCGUAAUCAGCAUAUUCUCGCAGCACCUUUAGUCCCCAAAGCUCUUGACAUGAUCAACAGAGCUCAUGUUACGAGGGUUUUGACUCUGCCUCAUGUAAAGACUUUGUCUUUGAAAAAUUGUUGGAUUUCCCCUCACGUCUUGAAUAGAUUUGGCUCAUAUUUGAGAGCUGCAAAUCUGAAAAGUUUCAAAUUUGACUCUGUCUCUUUGACUGCACCUGUUCCUGCAAACACACAACCAGUAGCACUCGCGCAAAAUGCAAACCAGCAUCCACAUCCUCCAGUGCAGGCUCAUGUGCAGGGUCCCAAUGUAUUCAAUCAACUUAUGCCUCAGGCUCAUCAACAAAACCUUAUCGCCAAUGCUGCCCAUUUGCAAGGCGCGAUGGCUGCUCUAGGACCUCACCACGGCCCACAACAAAUACAACAAGUUGUUCAGCAAAUUCAAGCUGCAGUGGCAGGCCAGCCUCCUGCGAACCCUGAUCCGGAUCCAGCGGGCUUAGAAUGGCUCAAUGUUCGACCUGAUUCUUGGGCUCAAAUUAUUGAUGCUCUUACACCUGGAAUCAACCUUUCGCACAUUCAAUACCGUAAUGAUAUUGGGCCUGAACCAACACCUCGUCCAUUGACAAGACUUACAAAGCUAGAAUUCAUAUCUUGUGGUUACGCACGUCUUCCUCUUGAUUACGAUCAAUCCGUGAUCGAUCCUGAUGGCACCACUCUUCCAAAUCUCUCCGCCAGAAGAGCCUCAGAAAUGGCAGCCUAUAUGAUGAAGACAGACGAUCAUACACUUGCAAUAGUUGUCAAUCGUAUGUCGGCUAUGGAAAGCGCUACUCUUCGUAAUGCAUGGGAUAUGACUGUCGGUUGGUCAGCAUCAAGAAGCCAAUUGGCUACGGAGGCUAGGAUUGAUGGACUUGCUCACGCGGGACGGGGAAGAUUUGAUGGGCUGAUUGAAGUCGCUGAAUCCCCUGUUGAUACUAUACCUCGUCGCCAAGUCACCCUGACUAUCUAGAACAGAUCAAGUACUUGGACCCAGACGACAUUCGCGACUGUAGAUCUAUUUCGGCGUCUGUUCUUCCUUUCGAGCUGUAUUUUCACUUUGGUCGGGUUUAUCGACUGGUUUUUCUUUUCUGUCUUCACUGUAAAAGCAUAGCGCGGGAAAGGGCAUGGAUGGGGGGAUACGAGACAUUGGCCGACUAUGAGCGUUGUCUAUCUCUUUUCAAGCGAUGGAAUGCAUUGAUUGGACUUUGUCUCAAAGUAGCAAUUUCGUAGGGUUCUCUUUUCUUGGGGAUUUUACCGUUCUUCACGUAGUCUUGCUCUUUGGGGACUUGAGCGGGAGUGCAAUUGUAUAGUGUACAGAACUUGAUAUUGCAUGCGGAAAAGCGAGCCUUGCGACUUUAGGGUUGCGUUAGUAUUAGUAAUUAAUUCCUGUUAAGCGG